AUGGCUGAUGUUGGCGGUAUGAUAGCCGCGACAGGCAUAGAAAGUCCGAACAAACGGGCUAAAAUGGACAUGGAAUUACCAGCAACCAACUUCGAUGAAUCAAAAUUCGCCAGAUAUUACAGAACGGACGCAGUCGCCUCUCUCACAAGCUCGCAUUCCUCGCCAGUUGCCAGUGACUCAUCAGCAUUUUAUUCAUACCCGUACACCUUCACAUCGAAUUCUUUCUCUUCGUACUCAUAUCCUUGUGGUCAGACGGACGCAACAGCCUUAUACACAUACCCAGCAUCGUACGGCGUUCAGUACAGCACGUUAAAUGGUUUCACUUCGGAAUAUUCCGCAACGACAGGUAUGCAGCAAUGCGCUUAGCUUCUUCACAAAUUUUAAUACUGAUAUCGCUUAAUGCGUUACUGGAGAGAUCAUAAAUAUUUCAGCUGGCGUACUAAGUUUCAUUGUGGAAGUUGGGGUAAUCAGUUUAGGAACGAAUUUUUUUUACAAAGAAAGAUAGAACUUCUGGUGAAAGAACCGUGUGAGAGAUUUAGCGAUGAAAUUCGGGAUUGACUUUGGGCGUGCACGAAACUGGGUUAAUGUUCUUAGGUGCUCUAUUACUGUGCGCGUCUGCGCUUCCCGUGUCUGUUGUCUCAAUAUUGUUGUUAAACUUGGAAAUUCAUCUAUUUUUAAAUGAAUGUCACGUUUAGUCAAUAAUCCAUGAAUGUUGUGCCGCUUGGGUUUAAAAAAGAAUCAACCCGCUUUCCAACGCCGGGAGCAUUAAAACGCAGUGCGUGCUCGAGGAAAUGACAAUUGAAUGCUGCAUUAUAGCCCCUGUCAUUCUCCUGCGAGCUCAUUGACCACGCAAUUUCUGGAAACCGUCUUCCUGAAAUAAUGAAAGAAAUAUAUCUUUCAUUUGAUACUUGAGCCCGGUCACAGCUGUAUUCAUCGCGGAAUGCAUCUGCGUUAAUAGUUUGACAUAAAGGAUUAUUUUCCUCUCUCAGAAAAAAAUUUCUCUGUCGCUCUUAUCGUAAACUUACGUGGUACAUUUCUUCUGCCUUGGUGAUAUGAAUGGAAAUAGUUAAUGAGAAAAGCUUAGAGCAAUAUCGUUGUUGACUUUUUCGUGGGAGUCAAGCAGACUUUUUUCGAUGUGCUAUCAGCAAUCUUUAUCUCUCUAGUUAUUUUUUCGAGUCAGGUCCUUCCUUGUAACGGAUUAUCUGUAUAGUUUCCUAGUCUUUUCACGACACCCUGAUAAAUGGAUUUUCUUUAAAUGUCAGCUACUUGCAUUCUCUACGGUUUUAUUGAUUAAAAUAUAAAAGAAAAGACACUUACUCGAUCACUGGCCACAAUUAUUAUUGAAGCAGAUAAUUGUUAACUCUUGUACUCCAUACUCCAGUGAACACUCUGGAGCGUAACACCCUUUGUUAUUUUGAUCCAAGGGGGAAUUGAAAAUCACUGAUCCAUAUCACAAUAAUAAGGCCGUGCCUUGGGAUUUAAUUCUUGGAUUGUUGUUCUUUGAUCUGGUAAAACCAAGGAACCGGCCUGCAGUGAUUUUGUCCGUGCGAUGUUGUUUGCCCAUACCCUUGUUUCACCUAAUGCUAAAUCAAUAUAGAUUUCCCAAGGGUACGGUGCAAUCAACAGUAUUGUCAUUACUGAGCCUUUCUAAGUGGAACGUUUUUAUUCCACCUCAUUAAAAUUAUUGUGCCAAGUUCAGCUGUAAAAAAGCUCAGGUAUGAGGCCGAAUUUUUGAGAAGUGAACAUUGGUCAGUCAAAGAAAAUUGCCACAAGUUGUUUUCAUAGGUUGAAUUUGUUAAUUAGGAACUCUUGAGACUGAAUACAAGAGUAUUCAGAUCUCCACUGUUAGGGUAAAUAUAAAAUGUAUAAUUAUGUUGUUUUGUUUUUGUUCAACACUUCUUUUUAAGCUUUUUAGUCUGUUCUAUUUUAGAACUGCAAACAGGGAAAAAAUUCCAAGACUGCCUGAUAUCACAGAAGAGAGAAUUUACACUCAACACAUUCUCUAUGAUUAUUUCGAAUUCUCACAAAAUGGCAAGUCCAUAAAAAAAAGUCAAUAUUAAAAUCCAUGUUGCAUUGAAAAAGGCCUUUGUUGCAGGGAAGACUUUCUUGAAGAUGAUAAUAUUAGGCUUGGGGCAACUUCAAUUAUUCAAUUCCAAGAAUCACAUGCUGUGAAACUGGGUCAACAUACAUGUGUAUUACUGAAUACUCAAAUGGUUAACAACCAAUCAGACCAAAGUAUAUUACAGACUUGCAAAUUUGCAUCAGAUUCAGACUCUGCUUUCAUUUAUACCAAGCUUUUGUAAUUUUGUGUUUACUUCAUACCAAGCAAAAUUACUAUUUUGUGAUUUAAAAAUGUCUUCUUAGAUUCAGAUCAAUGAAAAUUUCUUUUAACCUCUCAAGAUUGUUAUCUGAGAGAGUGUUUCAUUGCAGAAAAGUAAAGCUAAGAUGCCCAUCUUUUUUUGUGUAUUAUCAUCAUAAUUUCUAGUGAAGUAUUUGUUGCUGUUACAAGUCUUUCAAUAAAGCUGAACUUGUAAUAAGUGAAAAAGAAUGGUUAAGGUCGUUAUAAGUUGGAAGUCUUGUUAUAAAAAUCAGCUGUUUCUGAUUUUGCUCAAUUAUUUUUAUCAUAGUAUGCUUUUCAGUUAUUACCACAAAUAUCUCAUUUCAUUUGCUAUGGUGAAGAACAAUUUUUUUUGUUACAAAUCCAGCUAAAAAAGAGCUUAAUUUUUAGUUUUACAUGUCAUGUUCAUUGAGAAAUUUUGUUGUCUUAAAUUAUCCCUUUAAAUGUGCACUUUGGUGACCAAUAUUGUUUUUAUUGAAAUUUCAUCCAAAUGUUUGCAGAUAUUAAUGGUAAAAUGCUUCCAGUAUCUCUGCCAUGAUUUUUUCCAAGGCAUCCCUGUAGCUAGACAAAACGCUGACUGUAAAAAUUGAUUGCUUUCAUAGGCAGAUGUUAUUUCCCUGAAAUGCCCAACCUUGCUUUGAUUUAUGGUUCUCUGAUUGUUCUUAUAUUUUUUUUCAGUGCAGUACAUAGUAGGUGCAAAUAAAAGUGUGAAGAGGGAAUGCCUCAAGGCAAAAACCCAUUUUGCCUGAGAGAGUGAAUUUUCUCUUUCUUGCUUUGUGUUACUUAAAAUUUAAUGGUGUGAAAAGCAACCUGCAGUGAUGCUAGAUGCCAUAUCCCCAUGGUUUGGGGCCUUGAUACUGAAUUACAAUGCAGGUUCACAGCUGCAUAUUAUGGUGAAUAAAUGUGAAAGGGGUGGCUUAGUUUAUUACAAAAUCCUGAUUUUCAAAAAUCUGUGCAUGCUUUUCCAACUUAGCCAAGUUCCUGCACAAGUAGGUCCUUCCAUUGUACUAUUUAUACAGUUGGCUGAAUCCCUUGGACCUUUUAACAUAAUAUUUUAUACUACAUCUAGCUAGCAGGCUAGAGUUUCAGUACAUUAUGUAAUUUAUCAGUGUUUUGCACUGCUCAUGUGUAUUUCUGUGGGUGUUUAAUUUGCGAUAGUUUCAGGCGAAAUAAUAGAUGUGGCUGACAGAAUCUCAGAAUAAUUGUUUUAUUACAUGUUGACCACUUGCGCCCACUCACUAAUAAACUUGCCAUUUAUUUCAGGUUAUUCGCUCUCUCCAAGCUCUUCAAUCUCCGCAUUAACAUCAAGCUCAAGCAUUAGUAUUCCACAAUCAUUAACUGGUAACUCAACUGCACAUCACAAUACACCUCCUUCACGUGUCAUCCACUGUCGAGCAGUCGCAGAUGGCUGCAAGGAAACAGACUUAAUAGGUGUUCUUCAACCUUUCGGGAAAAUAACGUGAGUAUGAGAAUUUAUUUCAUAAAAAUCAGGUACAAAAAUUGAUGUGUGGACAUUCCACUUUUCUCUCUUUACAAGGAACUUACUAGAGAGAAGAGUGGUAACUUACUUCUCUUAGAAAUUAAUAAUGGUAGAAUUUACAGUUAACGCUAAAAUACGUGUAGUACAGCUUAUGCUAACAAAUCAUCUUUGUGUGAGUUUAAAAAAAAGACUUAUAGACAGAGUUGCUAUCCAUGGCAACCAUAAUUCCUUAUUGCCACCAGCCAAAACCAAGAGAACGUCCAUGAUAAAUCAAAGUUAUUAAUUAAAAAUGGCAUGUCUGUUGUAUUCUACUUGUGUGUAAUUUUGACUAAUGAGAACCCAACACAGUGCAGCUUGUAUGUAGUAUCUUGUUGAUGUUGCUGUUUCAAUCUGUUGCCUGUAUGUAAUAAGCAUAACAUGACCUUGACCUACUGUAGUUAAUGUUAGUUUUGACCUUAAAACCUGAAGGACAAAAUUCAUGUGAGCAACAUUUAGAUGUAGGCCUGGGUGAUGCAAUACAAAAAUCUUCUGCCAGCAAAACAGAAAGUGUUUAUUAUAAUAGCUCUUUGUUUCCCAAGAGUGACCAGAAUCUUAUUUCUCCUGGCAAAAUUACUACUCAAACAAACGUGAAGGUAAUGAGAAUGUGGGAAAUAAUCACAAUGAUUCAAGAAAUGUCUCUGCAUUUGAAUCAGUUUUCCUUCUUUAACAACUCAGAAAGCAUAUGCUUAGUGAUGUGCAAAUGAGUAGGGAGCAUAUAUCAAGGUUUUUCAGUAGGUAGUUUAUGCAACCCCACAUUGAUGGUAACAAGAACGUUAAAAAUCAGUACGUUUUUGAGAGAAGCAGUGACUCUGCACAUGCAUCAAACUUUUUGAUACAUUUCUUUGCUGACACUGCACAAUGUCGACCUGAAAUUGCUUAAUUUCGGGUUUUGGGAGGAGGUAAGUGAACAACAACAAAUUUUUCUUCCAUUUAUUUGUCUUCAAAUGUGGUCUCUAAUACCUGAAAUUAUCAAGGAAAAUUUGCCUACACCUGACAAGUUAAAAGGGUUGGAAUAAUCGUGAACAAGUUUGAAAGAACGCAAAUAUAUCUUUAUUAGUGACGUUUUCACUGCCAUCAUUGUUGUGGUUGCAUAAAUUCCCUAUUAUUCAAGAGUGGAAAAUUCCUCAAGGGAAUUACAUGUAUAUAUAGUGUACUGCUUAAAAUUUUGUCCAUAUUUGGGAACCUUUCCCGUAAGAACAAAGUAUAAUUUUUCCAAUUUGUCUUUUUUUUUUCAGUGUUGUUUUACUUUGUUUUGUGUACACUCUUUUGUGAGAUAAUGAUAUUAAAAAAGGAAAAAUUAACCCACAACAAACUGGUAAUUUUAUUCACGUACCUGUAAACAUAUUUGCACAAAUAGUAUGAUGACUGCUUUUUCUCUCAUGGUGCUAAAUGGUUAUUUUUCCAUGUACAAUGUUCAUUUUAUUUUGAUAAAGCAAGUUGCAAAAAUUUUAUGUGUGAUAAAGUCUUCCCCCAAAAGUAAUGAGCAAAUCUUUCUGGGAAAAAUUUUAGCAUAUUCUCUUGCUCCUCAACAAUGGACAUAUGAAAAAUGACUUUUGUUAUUGAGACAUUUUACUGGAAAAUGCUGCAAAUAUUAGUUUAGCCUGCGUGCUAACAAGAAAGGAAAUAGGAGACAUCUACACGCAGGCAAAUAUUAAUAAUGUUAUAAUUAUUUAAUGUUUUAAAAAUAGCUACAGUGUAACUUUUUACACAUUUACAGUAAUUAGUCUCAGCAAAAGAUUUUUACAAAAAUUGUAAUAAUUUUAACAAGGAAAUCUAUCUGAAAAUCGCAAUAAUAAUGCAGUUAUUAUUUUGUAACAAUCUUCUUAUCAGAAAUGUUUACAGUGAUGGUUGUACAUGUAGGUUGCUGGACAAAUAUUGCACUGAGGAAAAGUCAGGCACAAUAAUAAUAAUAUUCUUUCCUUUGAGUAUCGUUUGCAAAAACAAGGAGGCUGAUUUACAUGUAAAGACUGCAGUUUCUAGUUAUCAGCGUGACCCGACUGGAUUAUUUGAAGUUCUUUUGAAUUUGAAAUGUUUUCCAGUCUGAGCUUUUUUUCCCUUGAUGUUGUUCAUGGAUUCUGUACCAGUUCUGGGUGAAUGAUAGUUUAGAGUGCAGCUUUGUUCAACACUGGCUAAAAUUUGUUUUAAUACCCAGCCCUGAUUAUUUUUGGCUUGCAGAUCAUAAAGCAGCCACAAAAUAAAAUGCUAAGACUUCCAUGGAAUCAGUUGCGGGUUAUAGUUCUUUUUUAAUUUUCUUUUUCUGGUGAUGUACCACUUGCAUUGCCUUUAUUUCUUUAUUAUAGUACACAGUAAAGAAAGGAAACUGAAUUUUACUGUUUAUUUGCUUUAUUAUUAACACAUUAUCACCAUCACGUAAUAAUUAGUUGUAUUGCUUUUGAUACGCACUAGAAUCACUCUGGUAUCAUGUGUAUGUCACAUGGGGGACUGGAAGAAACUAAAAUAAAAAUAUGGGCUGAUUUCUGUGCUAUUUAAAAAUGUUUUUCAUCAAUAUUCAAGAUGUGUAAGAUCACUGAAAAUUUCCUUUUUGGCAAAAAAUGAUUAUCAGCAGAUGCAAGAAAAUAAUACUAUAGAAACAUGAAAAUUUGAUAAUAUAGAUUUAUUUUACUGUUCUGUUGUUCUUGCUGACAGAAAGACUGCUUUGUGACAGUUUAUAGAUAAAACUUUCAUGAUAUCUAAUUUUUUUGUAUUUUUGACCAUUUUAAAGCUAUUUUUGGUGUGACUUUCUCAGAGACACGUACACAAUGCAUCCACCAUGUACACUUACAUGGAAGGGUGGUUGAGUUUACUGUAUUCCUGUUCCAAAGUCUACAUGUAGCACUUCUGUGAAUGAAAAAGAAACCCAAAAUUUAAUGCAUGUUUGAUACUGUUGUGAAGCACGUGCAACUAUGUACUUACCAAAAAAUGUUGGUAAUUUGGUCUCAGCUUUUGAAUAAAUUGCAUUAGUUGCUAAAUAGCGGCUUCUUAAAUACUGCUUCUGUCAUUAUUCAUUGUUAUUCAAUUUGUAUCUAUUUCUAAUCCACUGUAAGGAAUCACUCAGUGACUAUAAAAUUUUGUACAGUUUGUUGCACAAUGGUGAUAAAAUGAAUUUUCUUAUUGUUGGUAAGACAUGUCGUGACUCUGAGUCUUGUCGAAAAUUUUAGGAAUGUUUUCUUUUUCAUCCCUGAAAUGGUUUUCUUGGUACAUGGUUCGCUUGGAUCAGGGAAAAAUUAAAACACCCAAUGAUUUUCUCCAAAACUUGGAUACAAGGCAUUUAGAAUAACUGAAAACUAAGUCUUGUUCAUCAGAUAGUCCUUUGUUUUAAGAAAAAAAAAAUGGUUUAGCUAAUUUCAAAAUGUUAUUGUAGAGCCUCUUAUCUGUUUGUGCCAACUUAUUAAUUCUAAAGCAUCUUGGCCAAGUUUUGGAUGCCUUCAGAAUUGACCUGAUGACCUUACUGUUUACAAGCAAGUCAUUCACUGAUAUUUUACAUGCUGGCUAUUGAACUUAACUUCUAGGGGCUUUGUUGCCAGAGCUUCAAGCUGACUACUACAGAUAACCACUUCUAAAUUUGUUUGCUUGAUUAUCAUUUUUAAAACUACUGUAAAGGCACUUAGUUUAUGUGUGUUUUGUAACAGAGACAUGUGAAGAUGGUUCGUUGAUAAGAUGACAACAUGUGCUAAUUUUAAAAGGUCAUGGCACUCAUUUUGUAGAAAAACAAAAAAUGUGUUCAUUUCCUUAAUUGGACAUGUGCUCAAGAAUAAGCAAUUUGUACUAUGGUCACCAUUUCAUUGCAACUACAUGUAUAAGACGAUGAGAAUUCCUCAAUUUUUUGUUUUAGUUCACAAUGUAGGAAUAUUGUUCUUUAUAUCUUCAUAGCUUACUGAUUGGAAAAGGGAAUUGAAUUCUGGCAGCUGAAUAAAUAAUAGGAAGAAUAGAAUAAUAAAAAUGGCCAAUUUGAAAGCUUCAAUUUUCCUUCAUGUGCUGCCAAAGAGCAAUAAGAUGUGUGGUGAGAGGAUGUAGUAUCAAACUCAUUUGUUGCAUUGUAGGAUGAAAUCUUAGCUUGAUAGGAAAAUUUACUCAGCUACGCCUUUUUUGAAAAUGGUUUUGUUAUUCUUGAUUAAUCCCCAGUCUAUAGUUUUUUUCCUUUUUUGGCAAUUUUGUCUCUCCCUUUGCACAAGGGAAUAAACUAUGGCACUUCCAAACUCCUUUGAUCAAGAAAUAAAAGCAAAAAAAAUUGCGGGGUUGUAGCUAAGAGGCUGGCAGCUGACAGUGAAUUUCACUGCUGAAAGAACCGGAAUAAAAAAAGAUGGGGUAAUUUUAAAGGCGGGCUUGACUUGUAAGCUUCCUUGUAUCAGAGCUCAGAUAGAACUGUUGAGCACCUUCGUUCAUGACUACAAAAUAAGCGCUGGUGGGAGUUCUUUCCCUGGAAAGGUCGUCAUAGAUCAAUGUGCCAGUAUUAGUAACAGAGCCACCUUAAGUGUGACAAAGUUUACUCUAGCUCUGUAGGUUCAUUCUCUUAUUCUUUUACAGAUACGUGACAUUAUUGCCAAAAAUAAGACAAGCAUUGGUGGAAUUUGAAGUAAGUUGGCCUAUCCUUCAACCUUGGUUAGAGUUUUUAGUUAAUUAAAAUGCAUCUCUAAAACACAGGAUGCAUGAGGUCUUCACAUAUUACAUGUACAUGUUUCUCUCCUGAGCUUUUCCUUUCAACAUUGGUUUCACAGGUUUGAUUUAGUUUUCCGGUAAAUCAACAUUGAAGGGGAAUAUGAGGAAAAUAUCAACAGUCUUUUCCAAGUAUUUUGUUCAAGUUGGUUCAUGUACUUGUAGAUGUAGGUCACUUGAGUGCUGGACCAUAUGCUUUCAUUAAACCUAUCACCAAUAAAUGGGUGUGGGGAAGGUGCCCGAGUAAACUGAGGGAGCCGCAAGCGAGCAUAAAGGUAACCAUGACAACCCUGUGAGCGGCACAACCAGGUACCAUCUUGCUGAGAACCUCGGUGGAAAGUUUUCAAAUACUUACCAAGACCCACCCAGGGUGAGGGAAGGGCUGGGAGCCAAAAGGCUUUGGCACAAGCACAAGCAAAGACAACGUGUACGAAAUGAACUUGAUCUUUAAAAGAGCGCUUUAAAAAUACUGUGGCUCUGAAAAAGCCCUAAGCCCACCCCAUAUACGAUUAGCAACGGAGACCACUGGCCAGCAUUGUCGUGUGUUUAACCUCGCCUAAAUUACAUUUAGCCACGCUUGCUCCUCAAGUUUACGUCCCCUUGAUCUGUCCCUGCCCCUUGGGGACUGGUAGUUUGUUAAGCUUCUUCAAAUCCCUGAUUUUCCAAGGUGAGGUACUCAGGGGGUUUUGUGAAUAUUGUUUCUAAAAUGUACCAUUUUAUAUUGUUCCAAGUUGCAUCCACAAAGUCAGUAAAGAGUAGCUUUGUUAUGGAAUAUUUUUUAGAGCUUUUUUAAUAUCCUUUCGACUGUAUUAGCGAAAAAUGUUGCUUUCUAAGAAGUUCCUGUAUUUGCGUUUAAACAUUUUUACUGAAGCUAACACUCUUUCUUUCUAGGAGUCAAAUUGUUAGUUAUUAUUCAGGCACAUAAUGUUGCUCUGACUGUAUGUGCUUCAGCAUAACUUUCACAUUUUUUGGCAUUUCACUUUUUCACUGAACUAAAUGUGGAAUUUUUCACAACUUUUGAUUUGUAUACCCUUAUGAUUGAUAGGCUGGGUUGAAUUCAAACAUAGAGGUGUACAAACCAGGAGGAAAAAAAAUUAAAACACGCUAUUCUGCCUUGUUCUAUGCUAACACAGGCUCCUUUCCUAAUCCUAAUUAAUUAAGAACUUUUUUUGGUAUUGUAUCAUAUGCUCAGCUGCAUCAGCUUUGGCUAGGAUCUCUUCCAAUAUCAAACGUAGCUGACCAUAAUUAUUCAUUUUCCUGCCAACUGGCAGAUUAAAUUUUCAGUUUUCAGUUGUCUUGUUUCUUCUUUGACACAUGACAUGUAUUAAAAAAAGCAACUUACAGUUGUGGAGAAAUUUUCAUUUUAACAUGAUUUUAUUUUUUUAGGAUAUUGAAUCUGCCAUUGCUUUAGUAUCAUAUUCACAGGUAAGAUAGAUAUUGUUUUCUUUUGCCUUUCAAAGUGUUUGGAUAGCCUUGACAAAUUAAAUAUUACUUUUUUGCAGUCUUACUUUAAUUUUUUAUCGUGUUAUAUGGUAAGUCUUUUUUUCAAUUGGCUGCUAUUCAAAAAUUUAAGAUAUUGACUGUUUCAUGAUGACUUAUUGUCAAUAUAAUUUUGAACUUAUGUAUCAUGCCAUCAAUAAUAAUUAUUGUGAUUAUGAUAAUAUCUAAAAAUACAAUGUUAAUGGUUCAAAGGAAAUGAAAAAAUUUGCUGACCUGCAUAAAAGAUGCAGUUACUAUAAUGGAAGAUUUGUUAUCGAAUCUUUUCUUCCUUAGCAGCAAGGUAUUAGAACUAAAUAUUGCACUUUUCUGACACAUUGAAUGGGAGGAAAGAUUAAAGUUUUUCUAAACAUUUUUGUUAUAAUUUUACCAAAGCUAGAUAACAUUGCAUGCAAAGAUGCAUAGACUCACAGUGAAAUAAACAUGACAACAUUUCUUUAUUUAGGUUUUUCCUAUGCAAAUUUUCUAGCUGUCCAGAUAGAAUGUGCAGUAAACAUGUAUUGAAUUAUGAUGAAAAGUGACUGAGCAGAUUAUGUUUUUUAUUUUAGUCAAACACACUCACUGUUCUUGGUAGACAAAUGUUCGUGAAUUACUCUAAAAGUCAGGAAAUUAAGAGGUGAGCAUGCAGUUAAACAUACAUGUAACUUAAUUUUUUGUUCAGUCAUGAAUUGAAUGAAUGAUGCAAACUUCUUGGUGCUUCAUUUGAAACUUGGGAUAUACCUCCAGAAGUAAAAUCCACACAUACUCCCCCAAGAGAUGGGAAAAUAUUUUUCUCCCUCACCCAUCCCCUGACCCCUCUUCCUCCUGUUUUCCCAUCCUCUGCCCCUGCAAAUUUCUGCCAUCAUUUACUCUAAAACCCAUUCCCAAUCAGAUUUCCAUGAUCACAUAACCUCUCUUGUGUGGAGUUACAUGAUCUGUUUAACUCAAUUUCAUACCUGAAGAUCAGAUCAAAUGGAUUUUCCUUUCCCGACUUUUUUUUAAGCUGAAGAACCUAAACAUUUAAGUUAACUCAUCUUGGUUGCAGUGGUGACAGUUGUUAAAAUGGGACCUGCUGCUUACACUUAGCCACAAGGUUUAGCAGCCACAGUAAUGAAUAUACCAGGCCUAUUUCAAAUGGAAAUAACUGCGCUUUUCAGCAACAUGAUGAGUAACCGAUGAAUACAUUUUUCACUUCCACCUAUCACAAUGUCAUGGAAGUAAGACAAUCAAAGUGAAUCAAAAUUCGUCAUUUAUUACAACCUCUACACUCAUCCACUCAACCUCUUCAUCCCGACUGGUACAUAAAACCAUAACUAAACCACACCAUUCAACCUUGUCCUGAGCUCUGGUGUGUGCUUCACUCCAUGUUAGACCCCACUCUUCCAGCUCUUUCAUCAUUGUUCUCUGCCAGGUGGUUUUUGGCUGGCCUCUUUUCUCUGCUGGGCACCGUUAGGACAUGACCAAGCGAUUGCAGCCUGUGGUUAUUACAACCAACAGCUCCUUUGGCCUUUUGAAUUCUUUGAAGAAAAGGUUUCCUGAGAGUUCUGUUAGGGUGAUUGAUGCAGGCAAAAAUGUAGUUAUGUGGUUAAAUUUGUGGCUUCAGAGGUUAAAUGCUAUUGCAAAGUUCAGUAAUCUGUUCACUUGUUGCAUUUAUUGUGUGCUUAACAGAUGGCUUUCACCAUUUGCACUUUCUUACUUAAGCUGAUCAAUGUCGUUACUUGAAUGCCUUGGGUUAUUUUGUUUCUAAUUAUAAAUUUGUUUCAAGAAAAGAAAAGCAGUGUUUUCAAUGAAAGCCCUCUGAUGGCAAAUCCAGCUUUGUUCAAUGUUGAUGCUGAAGAUGGGCUGUACUGCCCUUUGCAGAUCAGACAUUUAGAUUUAGAUUUUAUUGCUUUUCAGGGAUAAAGUUCUUAAUGGGGACAGCAAUGGAGGAAGUUCUGAAGCCAGCAACAUUCUCCUUCUCACAAUCAUCAAUCCUUUACACCCAAUCACAGUGGUGAGUUAGCAUUCAAAUUAUUGCGGGUGUCAAGAGGGGCCCACAAUCCUAAUCUCCAGGUUGCUAUUCUGCAUGCUUGGCAUGCAUCAAGUCAGCAUUUGUCUGGACUUCCACUAAGAAUGACUGGAAUGCAUAGAAUGCCAACUGAUCACCCAUGUUUGUACAUUCUAUCACUCACAACCUGAUCACGCACUUUCUGACCUUCUAUCACAUGAAACGUAUGCAAAGUGCCAGUGUUUUUGCCUUAGAUCAGAAUCCUGAAACUUGUCCGCAGUCCCUAACCUUUGGAUAUUAUUAGUUGUGUUAUUUUUUGUCUUAUGUAAAAAAUCUUUGUUAUGCUGUAGUUGCUUGAAUUUCAGGGAAGAUUUUGUUGGACUGGAAAUAGAAUCUACAUCACAUCAUUAUUUUAAAUUUUUGAUUAUUUUAAUGACACUUGAAUAUCCUUUUCCUUGCAGAAAGUGCUUCAUAAAAUAUGCACUCCCCAUGGCAAGGUUUUACGAAUUGUGAUUUUUCACAAAAAUGGAUUACAAGCUUUGGUUGAAUAUCCUUUCCAAACUUUAUGUACUUUGUUGGUAAAAAGUGUCUGCCCGGAGUAUCUAAAACUCUCAACAAAAUCAUGUGGAAAAGAAAAUUCCGGAAUGCAUGUCAAAGAUUAUUUUUCAUAAUGCAAUGUUCACUGGCCUUGGUUAAAAGAUAGUCAAAACAGUAGACAAUGGGCAAAAAUAGCCACAACAACUUAAUGCAUGAAAAAAUUAUGUUUACAGGGUUAACGCUGAUUUCUGCAUUGGAGACUGCACACCUUUGGUGUCUGAUUUUCUAUCAUUCAAACUAUACCUUUUUUUAAGUGUCAAACAAACAUAGUAGUAGAGGAACCACUAAAAUGGGGACACUAUAAAUUAAAAUAAGCAACUAUUCUCGUAGCGAUUAAAAUCGAAUUAAUAAAACUAUUUCAAGUGUAUCUUUAUUGACUAGAGACCGAAGGGUAAAAUUUAUAAAAUUACAGUGAAACCUGUAUUAAGUGGACACCCUUGGGGAAUGCUGUAGUGUCUGCUAAAUACAGGAGGUCUGCCUAAUACAGGUUUCAAUAGAUAACGUCAUAUGAGGUGUCAAAUGCCAUUCAAAUGAACAGUGGAAACGUUUAGAAUACUUCCUGAGACUCUGAAGAUAUACGUUUGCAUUUUCUUUAUCAAAGUGGACUAUUAUUAUUGAUCAUAAUACCAUAAACAUAGAUUGCAACUCAAAUUUGAAGAAAUCAGAUGAGUGAAACAAGCUCUAUACAAACAAAACGAAAUAGAACAAUACUGUAGUACUGUGAAACCAAUCAAAUAAGUUUGUCAAGUCAUGUUUUUUAAUUUAAAAAUCAAAAAUUUUGUGGGUGGCAAUUUGAGUCAAUCUUUAGCAUCUCUGGUGUCUGGCGUUUUGGGUGGUGGAAUUUCAUUACAAGUGUCCGUUUAAUACGGUGCCUGGCGUUUUGGGUGAUGGAAUUGAAUUACAAGUGUCCAUUUAAUACAGGUUAGCAACAAUAGUAAUCACCAUUUCAGGUACUUUUUAGGUGUCCACGUCCGCUUAAUAGAGGUGUCCUCUUACUAAAGGUUUCAUUUGAAGUAAAUCAGAGAAACAAAUUUGGGGACUUCAGCUACUGUCCGCUUAUAGAGGGUGUCUGCUUAAUACAGGUUUCACUGUAUUUUAAUUUUAAUUUACUUUAACUAUUUUCUAGUCAAAACUCGGAGACAAAGUUAUUAUAAUAUUAUCGUCUUAACUAUCAUUACAUUUGACAAUGUUGAGGCAGCAGAGCGAGCACUUGCAUCACUUAAUGGACAGGACAUCUAUGCUGGGUGCUGUACCCUCAAGAUUGACUAUUCAAAGGUAUUAAAAUUAAUGUUCCCAAGAUAAAAGUUUUUUCAGUGAUUUUUUUUAAAAUUUUUUUAUUGAGGAAUAGUUGUUAGUAGACUGCAACUUUGAAUAAAAGGUUACUUGUUCAUUACUUUUUAUACAAUAUUAAUGCAAAACCAAGAUAAUUACAAGGUCGUGUUUGAUGCUCGGUUAAAAAAGAACGUAACUUAGAAGCAGGUAGAUCUUACUUUUUAAACUAAAAUGUACAAAAGGUCUGACUCUUCAAGGUGUCACAAGAAAAAGUUGCAUUCUUAGUCUAACAAAUUUUAUAAAGUCGUAAUUAAUCAAUGAAUUAUCUCAAAAUAUUAGUGACAGGUCAGUGUUACAGGUAGUUGUAGUUGGUAUAAAUCUCGAAACUUGUUUUUUUUUUCUCUUUUUUUAUCAUUGGCUAUUUUCAGAAAGCUAAGAAGUUGAAUGUUUUUAAAAAUGAUGAUGAAACAUGGGAUUAUACUGGAGCACUGAACAACAAUUCAGGUAACUUUGUAUAGAUUAUUUAAUAUUGUACUAUUAUCACCAGAGGUGAUGAUGGGUACUUACCAGUCAAGAAUCCCUUCCCCCACCACCGUAGCUGUCAGAAGAAGUAACUGUGGCAUAAGAUUGUCUUUUAGAUCAUUUAGUCUUUCAACCAGUUCGGCACUAGUCAACAUUUCCCUGCCAACUCCACCCCUAAUGUUGUAGUUUUUUAAUUUCUAGUCUGGUCAGCUUGUCAAUAAACUGUGUUAACCAAACAUUGUGGUCUGUGUUUGAAUUUUAGCUAUUGUUGAACUCCUGCAAUACUUCUUCAGUACUUACAGAUGUACCAGUUUCUAACCAUUGCCAUUCCUUUUUUUUCCAUCAAAAUGUGUUUUGUAGAUGGUUUGUGAAGUGGCAACCUUAACCAUUUAAUGUCAGCAUUCUGUUCUUAUCUAUCUAAAUGAUGCUAGUAUUUUAAACAUAACAGCUAACCAGCACGGGUACUUACGUGUAAAAUUUAUACACUCAAAUGUAAAAGCGGGAGCCUCAGCUAAUGUAUGCCUUUGUAUUGUCUUUAAUAGUUGCAUGUUUAACAAGAAAUAAUAUACUGGUUUGUGCCCAGUUGUCCCCAAGCUACUCUGAGCAUGAACCCCCCAGCUCUUUUCACAGGAAGCAAAAGAAAAAUCAAACCAAAAGAACUUCAUAGCUGCUCAUUCCCCUCCUAAUUACAUAUACCUGGCAACUUGAAAUCUUAGUAGCAGCCUUGUCAAUCUUGUCAUCUUACUGUUAUUGAACAGGAAUUCCAAGCAAGACCGCGCUCCUGGGCUCAGGACUGCUGUCAGCAAUUUCAGGUAGGUUUUUGCUUACCAGAAUGUCAGAUUGUCGUUGAAGGCAAGGAAAAGGUCUAUCAUUUGAAGGAAAACUAACUAACUAAAUAAAUAAAUAAUGAUUUUAGAGGCAGCACAUUUACUAUUAGUGGUUCUUCAUCUGCCCUAUUCCUGGUCGAAUUGGAAUUUGGAAGUGUUUGGUUUUGAGGGACGGGGAAAACCGAAAUACCCAGUGAAAAAUUUAUCUGAGCAAAGGAGAGAACCAACAACAAACUCAACCCACAUAUGGCGUCGAUGCCAGGAUUUGAACCCGGGCCACAUUGAUGGGAGGCAAGUGCUCUCAACACUGUGCCACUGUUGCUCUAAGUUUCAAACAGCCAGCAACAGUAAUAAGUUUGUGGUUUUGAACUUUUCUCAUGUCUUAUAAGCUUUAUUGUGAUUGGUUAGUUCACAAUUGGCCUGUCAGAAUCGAAUUAAAGUGUUGACAGUGUUUUGAAGUGGAGAGUAAAAAUAUCCAGUAGUUUGUGCACACUUUUUCUAGUGGCUUAAGCUGUGUACAUUGGCCUCACUGCAGUAUGAGGGGACAUCGCUUGGCACAUAUAACUUCACUUUUGCACUCCUUCAUUAAUUGCAGGGAGAAUGAUUGCAUAUUCUUGGCAAAAAGUGUGCAUCUGCUGGUAGGCUGGAGUGGAUGCAGCAGCUUUGCAUUAUGGGAAUACAAUGAACUUUGAUAGGUGGUCAUAAUGCACCAAUUUCUUUGAGCAUUUUUAUAAUUAUAUUUUCAAUUAACUUUCUCAGGAAAUGAUACAAGUGAACCUCAGCUGUCCAGUUCACCACCGGAUAGUAUCUUACUAAAUGGAAAAAUGAGUGAGUAACAAAUAUUGUAAUGUUAUGGUUUCCAUCAGAAAGCUGACACCAGUUGUAUUGCUUAGUCCCUGACAAUAAUAAUGGCCUUGCUUCACAUGUCCUGAGAUUUUUAACUUUGUUUUGAAACUUUUCUGUGGCACUAACUCAUCCUAUUUUCUCAAAAUAUUUCAUAUUGUAGGUGUGAAUGGUUCAGCCCUAUCUAUCUCCACUGAAGCAAUUGCAAGAGCAGCGCAGUUUCCUACCGUACAAAGUAUGAAUGAUAUUGAAGUUGUUCAAAAUAUUCAACAAUUAUUCCUUGAGCCCGAAUUGGCUAUUGACUCAGAGGCCAUGAGGGCGAGAGGAAUAAUUGUCCUAGUAAAAUCCAACUAGUUGGUCCAAAAUAUCGAGAAUAAAAAACUUUUAGCUAGUUAAAGCUAGACUUUUAAUCCUUUUAAUCCUUUAUAACAUAUAGCCUAGUAGUAGCUCCACCAAUCAGGAUGCAGCAUUGAUAAUAGACCACUAGUUGGGUUUUACUAAUACUUUAUAUCCUACAGUUACAGCUGUAUGAAGACUCUGUCCAAGUAUUUAAAUGUCUGUCUUAGAAACCCGGUGUGGUGACCACUCAAUAUUAUUUAUCCAUAAAUUUUCCAUCAUUGGACAUUUGACAUAAAUCUUACAAUUUUGUUCAGCAUUACCACGUUAUGAAAAAUUACGUGAAAUGUUAGCCAAUCAGAAACAGAGAAAUAGUUUGAAUACAUAGCAGUGAAAGGUAUUGAAUAAACCUUUAACUGGGUUUGUACGUGUAUCAGUACGCUGAAUGACCAUUUUUAAGACUGGGGGCUUGAAUAUAAUGGUCGCUCUUUAAUGUUUGCAUGUUUCUUGAUGAUCUUUCUCGGCAGGUAUUCUGGCUAAAGUGGCUUCUCUUCAUGGUACUCCACCCCCUAAAAGUCCAACAUCAGGUAAAAGAUUCUUGAUUAUAAAUUUCUAAAGUUGCUAAAUGUUAUGGUGUAAUAAACUUAGCUUGGGUGUUCGUCAAGCUGUACAAUCUUUGUCCUUAUUUUCAACAGGCAGCACAUCGCCAGUGGAGAAUGUUGUCAAAAAGCUCGGGAUUCUUGGAAGCUCGCCAUACCAGCUGUCUCCACAGGGUGGAAUCCUGAGCUCUCUUCCUGGACUAACACAGCAACAACAGCAGUUAAAUGGCAUUUCACAUGCUUUGAAUGCAGGUAUGACAUUUUUUUGUGUUUACAGCUUAAUAACCAACAAAGGGCUGUCCUGGGGAAAUAGAGCAAGGCAUUGACUGUUAGGGUAAAAGCUUAUGGAGGCUCACAUACAAACAGAAUGACCGGUAGCUUUAAUCUUUAAUCUUCAAUGAGUAUGCUCCCAAAACAGUUUUAAUUAACCAUACUAGAAGUUUUAAAAGCAUAAUUUAAUUAAGGAAAUAAGUAACUAGAUGAAUAAACAAAAAUGUACGCAUUUAUUCAUUUGUUUACCAAUACAGCAACCCCUCAAAAAGAGGAUUAUUAGCCGGUGUGGUUAAAAAAAAAACAAUACAAAACAAAACACAAAACAUAAAUAACUAGUAACUAGUUGAUUAGUUAGUAACUCAAUUCAUGAUCAGAAAAUGAGUCCAAAAUCACUCCAACUGUUGAUGGGUGAUUCUAGACCACUGGCCUGGAACUGAGCAGGAUCAGCGGAGAGGGUAAAGACAUCUGCAGGCAGUGAGUUCUACUGAACUGUAGUUCUUGGAUAGAAAGACAGUCUGUGAGAGGUUGAAGAGGUGGAAAUUGGGAUGAAGGAGUGAUCGUGGACAUGUCUACUUCUGCGGGUUGCAGAACGCAAAUUGUCGCCUGGGUUCACUGCAACUAAGUUGUUAGUAGAUCCUAUACAACAUGGUCAGGCGCGUGUCGACUCUCCUUUGUACUUUUUAAUUGACAGUGUUUUUUUUUAAAUCAGGUAUAUACCUUAAUUUUUCUCCGUCUCUCCUCUAAGGUGGCACGGGUUGUGUGUUGAUGGUCUACGGUCUAAAUGCUGAAAAAAUGAACUGUGAGAGAAUUUUCAACUUGUUUUGCCUGUAUGGUAAUGUUGUCAAGGUAAAUACAACCUCAAUCCUACCCUGGGUGCUAGAGACGUUUCUAGCGCGGUUUCCGGUUUCUGUCAAGUCUUUAUAGUGACCCGCGCGAAAAGGUUUUUCUCGCGGCUUCGGCCUUCGGCCAACACCGAAAAUUCCCGCCGUACGCGAGAAAAGCCUCUGGUACCCAGGCUACCUCAAUCCAAACAGAAACACGAAAUUCGAUGCAUGGAUUUUUGGAGCAGACCAAUUUGUUGAGUUUAUUUUACCCCACGAAAGGAAUUAAACAUGGAAGAAAGAUGAUGUGAACUGCCAUACAAAUUCAAUUAAAUUUGUAGACACAAAAUUCCACAAAUGCAGAAGGCUGUAAUAUUAUGCAGUCGACUCUCUCUUAACGGACACCUCUAUAAGACGGACACCUCUGUAAAACGGACACCUAGAGUUGGUCCCUGCCUUUGCUUACUCCCUUUAUUUGACUCUUUAUAAGACGGACAUCUCUCUGAGACGGACACUUAGUACCGGUCUCAAAGGUGUCCGUCUUGGAGAGAGUUGACUGUAUCUCUAGUUUAUCAACAAGGCAAAGAGAAAAAGGCUGUCACGGUUAAGUUCACUGUAAGAACCUAGAUAAGAAAUUUUAAAUCAAAAAUCCCGUUAAACGUUUGAAAUUUAAUCUUCGGUUGAAAAUUACUCACGAGACACCAUUCUGCUCCUUAUAAUGAAAUCUGUGCCCCAAAAAUGAUUUCACUGUAUUUUAAAAGUGUAGUGAUGUCUAGUGCUACAUGGUUCUAACAAAAUAUUAAUUUGUGCUGAAUUUUCCAGGUUAAGUUCCUUACAAACAAACUUGGUGCAGCUAUGGUUCAGAUGUCGGACAAAGUCGCUUCUGAAAUGAUUAUUAGGAAUUUAAGUGGAGCCGUCCUUUUCGACUCUAAGAUCAACGUCAUGUGAGUGUAGCUAACCCUAAUUUAAAAACUAGAGACUUUAAGAUUCGAGGACGGCGAAGGCGCCGAAAGCAUCUUUUAAAAAAUGAGUUCGCGUUCUUUCAGUCUUCAUCGCGAUUAUUCCAUCUCACUUAAUUUGUCAAAUGUAGGCAAACAGUACGGGAGUUGAAUUCUUAAGAAUCAUGUCCAAGUUGAGAGAGAGACUUGAAAGUAAUAUUUCGACGUCCUCCAUGAAACGUGAAAUCCCGUCGUAGUCGUGCAGUGACGGCAAAGAAAUGUACAAAAAAGCGUGAUGAACGUUCUUCCUUAAGUUAGUGAAAUAUACUCUUUGUUGAGCUACAUAACCUUUCUUUUUUCUUUUCGUUUCUUUACUUUUAAAAAUUUAUCCAAAUUUUCAUUCAGUACCCUUAACUUGCAUCGUUUACCCUAUAGUUCCAGGAAGCCUGUAGUUUAUAAGCCCCCGACUUCUAUAUAGGCUCCCUUGUCAUUACCACUUUAAACAUUUAAUUUUGUAAAUAAUUUAGUUAGAAUAGUGUAUAUUAUCUUUAAUGUAUUAUAAAUUUUUGUAUAUUGUUGUUGUAUUUGUACGUGGUUAAUGGCAAAAAUGAACGAAUGAAUGAAUGAAUGUUUUGACGAUGCAGUCGCCGUCGUUGGAUCCUAAUGGGUUGGUAGUCUUUGUUUGUUUAUUUGUUUGUUUUUAAGAAAGCUUUUUGUGUUUCUGUGGCAGGUUUUCGAAGCACCCGUUUAUUGCCGAUUCAUCUGUGGUAACAGCGUUACCCGAUGGCACACCGUCGUCCAUGAAUUUUGCUGACAACAGAAACAACCGCUUCAAGUAGUAAGUUGAAGGAACGUUACCUUGGUCCCAGAGAUUUUUCUUGAAAAUCUUUCUCCGCUUGAGAGAGAGAGCAAGCCGCGAAGCGGGCGAAAAGAAUUUGACACAAUAUUUCAAACGUCCGGUUCUAAAUGGUGAAAAAUCAUUUAUACUUUUACUUGUUUAUAAGCAAUGUCUUUAAUGCUGAGAUUUCUUAGGUCUCCUCCAUUAAAAAGGCUUUGUUUCCAGGUUUUAAACCUAAGAAUCAUAAUAGACGUCUAUAGUUCGAUAUUUAAAUGUUAGGCUCCGCUGUGUUGUGUUCGAAGUUACUGAUUUUCUCUUUUUUUUGUUUGUGCAGUCUACCAGAGGGCCAAAGUCUCAAGAACAGUAUCCUUUACUUUGACGAGAGCAAAAUAUAUUUUUUAAAUAUUGCGAGUGAUUUACAUAUUACAAACCGAAUGAUCACCACUAUAAUCACUUGGCCAUAAGGCAAUUGACCAAUCAUCACCUUGAUUUACCAAUGUAAUCACGUGGCUAUAAGCAGCUAACCAAUCAUCACGUAGGUUUACCAUUGUAAUCACAUGGCUAUAAGCAGUUAUCCAAUCAGCACCUAGAUUUACCAAUGUAAUCACGUGGCCAAGAGAAGGUCAACCAAUUAGCACCUUAAGCCUAAACUUGAGAUGUAUUCUGAUUAUUGGGCUUAAUGAAUCUGACCUCAGAAAACUUGGCAGAAUAUCUAAGUGCAGAAAAUACUUUUUCGUGAGCAUAAUAUUUUUGUUUAGCUGACUCAAGAAAUGCAAAAUCAGUAAGUUACAAGCCGCUACAGCCUGGCAUAUUAACACCACCAAAACGUUUUCUGUCUAGUACUAAACUUGCGCCGACUUCUGAAGUUACAGGUGAAUAAAAUCACUCUAAAAAUUCGUAAGUGAAAUAUGGCGUAGAUUUAGGUAGGAGUGUUCGUAAUUAAAUUUCCUUAACCGACAUAUAGGAUACCAACCACCCACAAGAAUGCUUCACUUUUUUAAUGCGCCUCCAAACUGCACUGUAGAAACUCUCAAAGAGGUGAGUUUUGAUUUCAGAUAUAUAUUCCCAGAGUCAAACCAAUCGCGACACUGAAGGACAUGACUUGUCAGGCUACAGUCUGAGAUACUGAACUUGACUCGAAGUAUUUUCGUUUCAGGUUUUCAUUGCAGCGGGAUCACUGUCCCCUCUUAAAGGAACGUUCUUUUCAAAAGGUUAGUCUGGAUGUGUUAUUUAUUACUUUAGCUGUUAAGGAGAAUAAAGCGUUUUUAUGCCCUAAACAGGAUAAUCUGACUCAUCCUUCGCCGAUAGCACACGGAAAUGAAGGUCCCUAGGAACAACUGAAUGAGCAAAUUUUGGAGCAAGGCUAACUUUUAUUUCAGUACGUUUUCGGUGAAGUGUAAUCGCGUUGACUAAUCGCUGCAAGAUUCGUACGCUAGUGUAAGUUGUUUUUCUACGUGUAAAUUGCGAUAUUAUUACCUGGUGAUGCAAAUUAGAUUUGGACGCAUCUCUCAGUCUAAAAUAUCAUGUAGGCAAACGAAGGAGAUAAAGGAGAUAAAUUGUACAAUUUGGUGGGAGUGUCGCGAGCUCAAAUUUUCUAGAAACUACGCUUCUUUGUUGGACCAGUGUAAACGUUCGAUUUUUCCUUGACAAUGGGGAUGUACUGUUUUUUCAAUUUGGUGCAAGUCAAUUUAACAGGCCUCAUUUUUGUUUAGCCAAUGCAAAGUCAUCAGCAGGACUGCUUGAGAUGCCAGAUAUCCGUUCAGCUAUGGAGGCGCUCACGCUUACAAACCACUUCACCAUCAAUCCACCAGGUAAUGAACGUACUUACUUUUCUUUACUGCUAUCUCAUAGCUGAUGAGCGGCUUUCCCUAUAAUAUCAGGGAAUAAAGGAAGUCAUUACCAAAGUUGAUUGUCUAACAAAUUGUCUUUGUAAGUAGUAUAAGAAAGUUAUGAAAACAGUGUGGAGAUUAUUAGUUUAAUGGUUAAGCAUCUCUGCCUGGGUUGUAACCCAGAGUUAUCGCGAAAUUUGAAGUCAGAUCUGAACAUUUACAAACAAAUUCUUGUACAAAGGGUUUUCUCUAACAAUUUGAUUUGGUAAAACUAAAGUGAAUUCUUGGUUCAUCGUCGCAGCAUAUAAAGUUCACAGUCACCAAACUAAGAACACCAGCAUUAAAUACACUGUAUGUGCAGUAGUUAUGUUAUAGGUAAAGCAGUUAUAUAUUGACUCAUUUUCUUACAGGUGGUGGGUCUUAUACGCUGAAGCUUGCCUUCUCCCCAAGCUCUUCAAUAUCGCCGACAGCUCCAACGGUUGCGCCCGCAGUGGCUGCCGCAGCGGUUGCUGUCAGCAACGGUGCCAAUCCCUUAGGUCCAAUUGGCUCACCAGUGCACCCAAGAUGCAUAGCGACCAGCCCUAUCAGCCUCGUGACAAAUGGCGUAAAAGAAUUAAAUGGGGACGCAGAAAGGAAUGGGCUGAGUCCCGAACAGCUGACAACUUCAAGCCCCUAG